CUAUUCCUUGCUGUGUUUGCUGUUGUGAUCGGAGUUAGAGUGAACGCUCUUUCAGGGACAGUGUCGCUUUAAACAGGCGGGACUCUCUCGGUGAGCUGGCACCGUCCAAUCGGUGUGGUGGCGGCCGGCCUGUUUAAAACCAGCUCGGCACCAAUGUUCCCAAAUCGUGUGCUAGCCAUCCCGAGCAGCGGGCACCGGCAUGGCAGAGAACGGGCUCCUUGACAACGGGGAGACAGAGAGAGAGAGAGAAAGUCCGGCUCGGUUACCGACAGCAACCAAACCGCUGGCCGUGAAAUACACCAAGAUCUUCAUCAACAAUGAAUGGCAUGAAUCUGUGAGCAAAAAAAAGUUUACUACCUUCAACCCAGCAUCUGGGGAGAGGAUCUGUGAUGUGGAGGAAGGUGAUAAGCUUGAUGUGGACAAAGCAGUGAAAGCAGCUAGAGACGCUUUCCAGCCAGGCUCCCCAUGGAGAAAUCUAGAUACAUCAGCCAGAGGACAGCUCUUAUAUAAAUGGGCUGACCUCAUUGAGCGAGACCGACACAUUCUGGCUACUCUGGAAACCAUGGACACAGGAAAACCCUUUCUGCAAUCAUUUGCCAUUGACUUAGAAGGCUGCAUAAGGACACUGCGGUACUAUGCUGGAUGGGCAGAUAAAAUCCAUGGGCAAAGUAUACCAGUAGAUGGUGAUUUUGUGAUGUUUACAAGACAUGAACCAAUUGGUGUCUGUGGACAGAUUAUUCCAUGGAAUUUCCCCCUGCUGAUGUUCAUUUGGAAAGUGGCUCCAGCAGUUUGCUGUGGGAAUACCAUAGUGAUUAAACCAGCUGAACAGACUCCCCUCACAGCACUUUACAUGGGAGCCUUAAUCAAGGAGGUCCCUUUCCCCCCAGGUGUGGUGAAUAUUGUCCCAGGAUAUGGACCCACUGCUGGGGCAGCAAUCGCCUGUCACAAGGACAUUGAUAAAGUUGCAUUCACUGGUUCAACUGAGGUUGGAAAGUCAAUAACUGAAGCUGCCUCGAAGAGUAACCUGAAGAGAGUCACCCUAGAGCUUGGUGGGAAGAAUCCUUGCAUUGUGUUUGCUGACUCUGACUUGACCCUGGCAGUUGAGUGUGCCUCACAGGGAGCUUUCUUUAACCAAGGCCAGUGCUGCACUGCUGCUGCUCGGGUUUUUGUUGAGGAACCAAUUUACGAGGAGUUCAUUCGCCGCAGUGUGGAGUGGGUCAAAAAGCGAGUGGUGGGUAAUCCUUUCGAUCUACAAACUGAACAAGGACCUCAGAUAGACCAAGUUCACUUUGACAAAAUCAUGGAACUAAUAGAGAGUGGCAAGAAAGAAGGAGCCAAGCUGGACGCUGGUGGCUGUGCCAUUGGAGAUGUAGGUCAUUACAUUCAGCCGACAGUGUUCUCAGAGGUGACAGACAACAUGCGCAUUGCAAAGGAGGAGAUUUUUGGUCCAGUGCAAGUGAUACUGAAAUUUAAAAACACCGAGGAGGUCAUUAGAAGAGCCAACAACAGUGAAUUUGGACUGACAGCAGGAGUGUUCACCAGGAACAUCAACAAAGCAUUGACUGUCGCCUCUGCCCUUCAGUCUGGAACCGUCUGGAUUAAUUGCUACAAUGCUCUUCAUGCUCAGGCACCUUUUGGAGGUUUCAAAAUGUCUGGAAAUGGAAGAGAACUAGGCGAAUAUGGACUGAGGGAAUACACAGAAGUGAAAACUGUCACCAUCAAAAUCUCACAGAAUGAUAGUUAAACAGAUGAAAAAGAGCUAGUGACAUGGUACAAGAUGCAGACUGGAGAAGAGCUGAAUCAUAAGGAUAUGGACAUUGACAAAAUUGAAUUUCUAACUAGACAAAGCUCUUAAAUUCUUAAGAAAUAAUUUCUGACUUUGCACAAAUGAAAUAUUUUUAUUUGUUAUAACUUAGAAUUUGUAGAUUCAAUCUAAUAAACAGCAUGCUAUAA